AUGUCUGUCCCUGUUGCCUUCAACGAUAUCGGUAAGCCCGCCAAGGACCUCCUCUCCAAGGAUUAUCCCGUUGGUGGUGUUAAGCUCGAAGUCAAGACCACUGCUCCUAACGGCGUCACCUUCAAGGUGAACGGUCAACGUGACAACAAGACCGGCAUCAUCGUUGGUGACCUCGAGACCAAGUAUGCUGAUAAGGCCAAGGGUGUCACUUUCACCGAAGCAUGGACCACCUCCAACCACCUUAACGGCAAGAUCGAACUUGAGAACAACUUGGCCAAGGGUCUUAAGCUCGAGUUGGUCACUUCCCUUCUUCCCUCCGUCAACGAGAAGGGUGCCAAGAUCAAUGCCACCUACAAGCAACCCAACAUCCACACCGUUGCUACCCUUGAUGUCUUGAAGACCCACUUCACCGUCAACUCGGUCGCUGGUCGUCAAGGUUUCCUUGCUGGUGGUGAGGUUUCUUACAACGUUCUUGAUGGCAAGAUCAGCCGCUACAACGCUGCUCUUGGUUACUCUGCUGGUGAAUAUGCCGUCGCUGUUCACGCUCUUAACAACUUGAACAACUAUGCCGUCUCCUACUACCACAAGGUCAACCCCGAUCUUGAAGCUUCCGGCAAGGCCUCUUGUGAUGCUUCUGGCAGCAAUGCUGUUGCUCUUGAAGUUGGUGCUAAGCUCAAGCUCGAUAGCUCCGCUUUCGUCAAGGGUAAGAUCUCCAACUCUGGUGUCCUCGGUGUUGCCUACACCCAACUUCUUCGUCCUGGUGUCAAGGUCAACCUUGGUGCCUCCAUUGACACCUCCCGCCUCAACGAGAACGCCCACAAGCUCGGUCUCUCCCUCACCCUCGAAAACUAG